CAAGUUCCUCUGAAGGAAAAUCAUGUCUUGAAGAGAAAUGUGGACCAACAGCUAAGAAUUAAGAUUAUAUAUGACGGAAGUGUUGAGGAUUUGUUACCUGAGAAAAGACACCUUAUAAAGAACAAACUUUUUCCACAAGCCAUAUCUUACUUGGAGAAGACAUUUCAAGUGCGCAAAUCCACGGGUACUAUAUUACUAAGCAGGCAGUGUGCAACAAACCACUAUUUAAGGAGGAAAGCUGACCCUCACAGAUACUGCCAAGGAGCCUGUGCAGACCAUACAAGAUGCGGGCCAGUCGUCGUUCCUGAGAAACACCUCCAGCAAUGCAGGGUGUACAACAAGAAUGAAUGGCUCUGCACACCCACUGGUGUACCUGACCAAGAAGGGGUUCGAGAUGCUGACUUUGUACUUUAUGUUAGUGCUCUCACUACCGAAAGGUGUGGCCAUGAAAAUAUCAUUGCGUAUGCAGCCUACUGCCAACUGGAAGCUGAAAUGGACAGGCCAAUAGCAGGAUAUGCUAAUUUGUGUCCAAAUAUGAUUUCAACGCAAGCUCAGGAAUUCAUUGGCAUGCUGUCUACAGUGAAACAUGAGAUUAUCCAUGCGCUGGGUUUCUCUGCUGGACUGUUUGCAUUUUAUCGUGAUGAUGAUGGAAAACCUUUGACAGCAAGAUAUGCAGAUGGACUCCCUCCUUUUAAUGAAAGUCUAGGUUUGUAUCAGUGGAGCAAUAAAGUCGUUCAUAAAGCAGUGAGGUUAUGGGACAUACGUGGUGGCAAAAUGCUGCGCCAUGCUGUUUAUCUUCUGAUAACGCCUCGUGUAGUUGAAGAAGCUCGAAAACAUUUUAAUUGUCCAAUUCUAGAGGGAAUGGAGCUUGAAAAUCAAGGUGGCAUGGGUACGGAGCUCAAUCACUGGGAGAAGAGAUUGUUGGAGAAUGAAGCAAUGACUGGAUCCCAUACACAGAAUCGAGUCUUUUCCAGGAUCACCUUAGCGUUAAUGGAAGACACAGGCUGGUAUAAAGCAAAUUACAGCAUGGCAGAGAAAUUAGAUUGGGGACGCAAUAAAGGCUGUGACUUUGUAAUGAAGAGUUGUAAAUUCUGGAUUGACCAGAAGAGACAAAAGAGGCAAUUAAUCAGUCCAUACUGCGACACUUUGAGGAGUAACCCUUUGCAGUUAACCUGCAGACAGGACCAAAGAGCAGUAGCAGUGUGCAACUUGCAGAAGUUUCCAAAGCAGUUACCUCAGGAAUAUCAGUAUUUUGACAAUCUUAAUGGAGUACCAGCAGAAGAAUUGCCUUACUAUGGUGGCUCAGUAGAAAUCGCUGACUAUUGUCCCUUUAGUCAAGAAUUUAGUUGGCAUUUAAGUGGUGAAUUUCAGCGCAGCUCAGACUGUAGAAUAACUGAAAACCAACCAGAUCCUACCAAAAAUUAUGGUGCAGAGAAAUAUGGACCAAACUCUAUAUGUCUUAUUCAGAAAUCUGCUUUUGUCAUGGAACAGUGCAGGAGGAAACUCAGUUACCCUGACUGGGGUAGUGGAUGUUAUCAAGUUUCUUGUUCUCCACAAGGGCUGCAUGUUUGGGUCAAGGACACUGCGUACUUGUGCAGCCACUCAGGCCAGGUUUUGACUGUGAGUGUUCAGAUGAAUGGCUGGGUACAUGCUGGGAAUCUGAUUUGCCCAGCCUGUUUGGACUUCUGUGACUCCUGUCCCCCAGAGCGGGAUCCUCCAGCUUCUACUUUAACAAGAGCUGCACCAAUCGACUUAUGCUCCUGCUCGUCUAGCCUGGUUAUAACCCUGUGGCUAUUGAUGGCUAACUUAAUUCCCCUGCUAACAGGAUUAUUUCUCUGCGCAUAG